AUGAGCCCACACCGAAUGCCUCCGAGGACUUAUCUGAGAACUAAUAGCCCACAGCAAAUGCCGAUACAGCGGAGAGCAGUCCAUGCCGGAGGUACUGCGCCUACUACCAUUGCGGAACAUCGAGAAGAGGUGGCAAGAAUUUCCGAGAGUGUACGCAGCUUCUAUGAGCGAAAGGAGAAGUUCAGGAUAUUUCAUGGCUCUACAAACUCUACACGAAAGUCAGCGAUGAGCAAAGAUCCCAAAAAGGUUGUAGACACCAGCAGACUGAACCAUGUCGUAUCGGUAAAUACAGAAAAGAGAACAGCACUUGUAGAGCCCAAUGUGCCAAUGGAUCGCUUAGUAGAGGAAACUCUUAAGUACGGAAUGGUGCCUCCUGUUUGCAUGGAGUUUCCAGGCAUCACAGUAGGCGGAGGUUACUCUGGCACUUCUGGCGAAAGCAGUUCCUUUAAGCAUGGCUUUUUUGAUCGAACACUCAAUUCUGUUGAGAUGGUGCUCGCCAAUGGAGAAGUUAUCACCGCCUCCGAGAAGGAGAACACAGAUCUAUUCCAUGGUGCAGCAGGCGCAGUUGGCACGCUUGGUGUCACAACGAUGGUAGAGCUCAACCUUCACAAAGCCACCAAGUUCGUUGAAACAACAUACCAUCCCGUGAACGGUAUGGAGGAUGCCAUUGCAAAACUGCACGACUUCACUUCUCGACCCGAGGAGUUCGACUACGUGGAUGGCAUCAUGUUCUCGCCUACCAGUGGGGCUAUUGUCACAGGCCGAAUGACGGACACAUCCAACCUGCACAUACAAAGAUUUUCAGCUGCCUCCGACCCCUGGUUCUAUCUCCACGUUCAAGAUCGUAUUUCCAAAUCGAGCACUCCUGUCUCAGAAGCGAUCCCGCUCCCAGAAUAUCUCUUCCGCUACGACCGAGGUGGCUUCUGGGUUGGAAAGGGUGCUUUCGAUUACUUUCCAGGCAUACCCUUCAACAACUUUACACGAUGGUGGCUAGAUGAUUUCCUCUCCACCCGAAUGCUUUACAACGCCCUCCACGCCAGCGGAAGAAGCGAACAAAUGAUUGUUCAAGAUCUCGCCUUACCCUACGAUACCGCUGCAGAAUUCGUCGAACGAAUGGACAAACUGACGGGAAUCUGGCCGUUGUGGCUCUGCCCACUGAAGCAAAGUCCUGGGAAAACAAUGCAUCCACAUGAGCAAAGCGGCAACACAGAAAAGCAAAUGUUGAACAUUGGUCUCUGGGGUCGGUCUCCGCCUCCCCAAACCUCCGAGUCCUUCAUUACGACCAAUCGAAGGAUUGAGUCCGUAUUGCAAGAACUGGGCGGGAUGAAAUGGUUGUACGCGCAGACAUACUUCAACGAGCCGGAUUUUUGGAAAGACUUUGACAAGAGCUGGUAUGAUGCUCUUCGGUCAAAAUAUGGAGCUACAACGCUCCCGACUGUGUACGAAAAGGUUCGUGUGGAUAUCGAGGCUGAGCGUAGAGCGAGAGCAAGCCGAACCUUUGGGCAGAGAGUUCGGGAGAUGUGGCCGUUUGCGGGAAUAUAUGGUCUACGGAAGAGCAUCCAGAGCCGGGACUAUUUAAAGGCUAGAGAGGCGACAUGGAAGAAUUGGGUGCCUAGAGAGUAG